AUGUCCCGGCCGUCGGGGCAGGCAGCCCCCGGGCAGAGCGGCGCGGAGGCGGGGGGCUGCCCGAGCCCCCCGGGGGAUGCGCCCCAGGGCUGUGCCCGGGAGAGGGGAGACCCCGGCGCUGGGGAUGGAGCGGGGCCGGGCGAGGAGCCCCGGGACCCGGGCAGGACGGGGAAGAAGAAGCGCUACAGCCGGCACCGCAAGCCGCCCUACACCUACCUGGCCAUGAUCGCCCUGGUGAUCCAGGCCUCGCCCGGCAGGAAGCUGAAGCUGUCCCAGAUCAUCCAGGAGAUCGGCGCCCUCUUCCCCUUCUUCACGGCGGGCUACCAGGGCUGGAAGGACUCCAUCCGCCACAACCUGUCCUCCAACCGCUGCUUCUCCAAGCUGCUGAAGGAUCCCACGAAGCCCAAGGCCAAAGGGAAUUUCUGGACGGUGGACGUGAGCCAGAUCCCCCCGGACGCCCUGAAGCUGCAGAACACGGCCAUCUCCCGGCAGGAGGCGGCCUCCUUCGCCAGCGACCUGGCCCCCUUCAUCCUGCACGGCUGGCCCUACGGCUGCCAGGGGCCACAGCGCCCGCCGCAGGGCCCCAGGGCCCCCUCCACCAACACCAACUCCGACAACGAGGAGAGCGGCUACCAGCUCGGCGAGGCGGCGAGGCCGAGCAGCUCCUUCACCAUCGACUCCCUCCUCAGUGACUUCCAGGAGGUGGGUCUGUCCGGGAAGGCCCGGGAGGCCGGGGGCCAGCCCCAGCCCAUACAGCCCCCGCCCAGCCAGCCAGCGGGAGACUCUCUUCCCAUCAGCAUGGACCUGUGGGGCCCAGUCCCCAUCUUCCGCGUCUCCUCCGGGCCCCCGUCGCUGCCCUGGCGACCCCCAGGCACUCUGGCUGGGCCGCGGUCUUUCUCCUCCUCCAGCAGCAGCAUCUCCACCCUCAGCUCCUUGUCGUCCGACGAGAAGGACCCCGGCAGCCGGCGGUCGAAGCAGGCGCGAGGCCCCCGCGCCCCGGCCAAGCGCCCCCGGCUACUGGCCGCCCGCGAGAGCAGCAGUUCCAGCUCGGACUCCGACGGCUCUGGAGGCUGCACCCCGGCUCCGUCGCCCACGCUGGUCCCCGGGCCAUGCUGGGAGCAGCUCCCCACCUCCUACACCAAGUGCGUUGCCCCCAACGUUGUGGCUCCUCCAAGCGGCCCCCCGUUCUUCGCCUUCCCCUCCGUGCCGGGCCUGCCUUACUACAGCUACAGACCCCCCAGCUACGUCAGCCCGGUGUACUGGGACCUGAGGCCGGGCCCCUCGGUGGCCCCCAGGCAGCAGGGCCCACAAGUGCCCGGGCUCUCGGUGGACCUGGACCACACGGUGCAGGGCAUGCCCCCCAACAAGAGCGUGUAUGACGUGUGGGUGAGCCAUCCAGGGGACAUCGUGCACCCAGCACUGUACAGCCAGGGCCCCGUGCCCGGCAGCAUGGCCCUGACCCGCUACGACUCCCUGUGACGGGCCCCAGCGGGGGGAGGGGGGCGGCGCGCAGCCCCACGGCCUCUCGACAGCCCUGUCUCUUCAGGAGCCUGCGCCAGCUGCAUGGAUAGACAGACCCCUGCAGGCCCAACGGCGCCCCUCGAAACCGGGACCAGCAGGCAGAGCUGUGUGUGGGUGUGCAACCGUCCGGACCCUAGAGACUACAAAUCCCAGCAUGCAAUGCUCAUGCGGCGCUGAGUGUCAGGGUGGGGGCACCCCUCCUCCCACGGAGCCAGCUGGCAGCAAGCAGGGCAUCCCGACGGGCUGUUCUGCUCUGCAGGAGGAAGACACGGAUGCCAUCGACUCUGGUCCUUACCCAGCAGGGAACCAUCUCCGCUGCCUUUACUUACCUACCUGGACUGCUGCCAUUGGGCCUCUCCGGCUGGGAUGGGGGGAGUUCCUGCAGGACUCUCUCUGCUCCCCCUUCUCCGAGCCAGGCACACCACCGCACAUCCCGUCUGCACAUAUGUGCCCACGCUCCGGGGGACAGCGGCGGCUCCAGUCCAGUGGCUCCUGGGAAGGGCCUAAUCCAGGCACCCAGCUUCAGCCGACUCCACUUGGGCAGAGCUGGGGGACAUGGAAAUCUGAAGGCAGAUCUGGAUUCCUGGCAGGACAAACCAUCUGGCCAUGUGACAGCACGAAGGCUGGGCCUGCCUCUGGGGGGUUUCUGUUCACCCCGGAAUCUGCAGACAGAGACGCAGCUCUCAGACGGGGGCAGCUUCGUGACUUUCUGCAAUGCUGGGGCGCCCUCCCCGAUGCAGCCCACCAGGCAUCUGACAUCAGCUUCACCAGGACGUGGGCAACACAGCCACGGGCUACUCGCAAGGCACAGUUACCACCAA